UUCUUUAUUCUUUGCUUUAUUCGUGUUAUCACCUUCUCGUCAGUUUGGUUACUUAGUGGAUGCACUAACAUUUAAUACAAAGUUAUAGAAAAGAAAAAAAGAUAUUUCAAUUAAGAUCGUUUACUGUUUAUAUAUUCGCUCAAUUGAACAAUAUUAGUGUUUAUUUAUUAGGAGUUUAAAAAAUGUCUGUCACGAUUCGACGAAUGUUUAUCACUCAUGUCUCUGGAAUUUAUUGGAAAAAUUUAAGAAAGCAAAGUAUUAGAUUAAUAAGUAAUGAAACGCCUACAAAAGAAAGAUCACCUAAUGACAGUUUCGAAACGAACAUUCCGGCUUCAGAGCCGGCUAAAUUUCAAAUAGCCAGCUUGAAUAAGUUUGAUAAUUCAUUGAUUAUACAAAAUGUAGAAUCAUUCAAAGCAGCUCAACCAAACGAAGUUGUUAUAGAUGUUCAUUACUGCACCAUAAAUCCUUCAGAUGUAUUAUUGAGUAAAAACUUGUACACGUAUGAACCAAAAUUGCCUAUUACACUUGGGUAUGAACUUGUUGGCGAAUUAGUUUAUAUAGGAAAGAAUGCACAGGACAAAGGCUAUAAAAUUGGGGACAAAGUUAUUGCACUUAAUAAAGAACGAUAUGGGGGUUUUGCGGAACAAUGCAUAGCAGAAGUCGGCGAUAUUUGGAAAAUACCAUCAAAUUUAAGAUCUGUGGAUGCAGUAUGUCUACUUAAUGAUUAUAUGAGCGCACUCGUUGCAUUGGAAAGAGUAGUGACUAUUGAUGAAAAUGAUAUAAUUUUAGUAAAUGUAGGAUUAAGUGGUAUAGGUUUAGCAGCUGCUGAUCUUGCUACUAAUGUAUUUAGAUCACAAGUCUUAGGUAUUUGUAUUAACAACGAGGAUGCUUCUCUUAUUCGCAAUAGGGGUGUAUUUGCAUCUCUAGAAUACAAUGAAAAAAAAUUGUUAAAGCGCAUAGAACAAAUUGCCGGCGAUAAGAACAUCAAAGCUUUUUUAGAUGGAGAUGGCGGUGAAUAUUUUAAGAAGAUUCUAAAAUGUUACACUGAUAUAUAUAAAAGUGGCACAUCGUUGAAAAAUUUACUACGCGAUGAUAAUUUUACAGUGGUGAUACAUCAUUUAUCUCGUGAAGAUCAUUUACGAAAUUAUAGCCUCUCUCAUGAAGGGCGAGUAGUAAUAGCUGGUGCUGCUGCUACCAAAAUGGAUGCACAAACUGGGAUUGAAGAUGGUUCUUUCACUAUUACUGGUUUUAAUCUCGAUGAAUAUAGAAGAAAGGAACCCGAGAGCUAUCGGCAAGCUGGAGAAGAAGUCUUGGAAUUUUUUGAAGAAGGUCUCAUCAUUCCAUUUCAUUCUAUGAUUUUUGGUCUUCAUAAAAUUAACGAUGCAUUACGUUUCUCUUCUGAAGGAAGAACUUCUGCAAAGGUCAUUAUAGAUAUUAAGGAUAAAGAGAGAGUUGAUGUAGUUAAGAUUUCGGAAUAAACAAUUAUAAUUGAUAAUAUA